UGUGUCUCCCAGUGAAUAGGAGGGGAGAUGAUUCGGGAGAAGGUCCGCCAUUAUUGGGAAGCUGAAAAAAAAAAAAAAAAUAGACUUAUACUCAACGUCACACGUUUAUCCUGCAAGGGGCUUAACAUCAGAAAGGAAAGUCCAGCGGUUCCUACGAGCCGCUGUCCGUCCGAAAAACAGCGCUUUUGUUGAAUGAAGGCAGAGCUCGCGUUUCCUACGGACUCUUUCUUUUUUUUUUUUGAUUUUUUUGACACAACAAAGGAAAUAAUAAUUGGUCAAAACAACGUGGUGGCGAAUCAAGAAGGGAAAACACGCCGAAAACAGCUCUCUUCCCCCCCUGUAACGCCUCCCCCUUUUCUCCUCACAAGACGUUUCCAGCCGCGGUGAAAAAACAGAGAAAGGGACUGAGGAGUUUGAGCAGCGUUUUUCUUUUCCUCAACACAAUUUAGUUUCUUUUCUUUCUUUUUUUCAAACACGGGGAAAGAAACGCAUUCGCAUCUCGUGUCUGGGGGAAAAAACUUCAGACGGCUGAAAACGAGCACUUAACGCUGGACUCUAAGGACAGAGGGGCUGUUUAGUUGAAAGAAAAGAAAAGAGAAUCGGAAAAUAAUCGAUGUGAGUGCUUGUAGGGAGUGUUGUUUUUUUUUUUUUUUUUUUUUGGUCUGGUUUUUAAAAUCUUUCCCCGGCUGUGGGUCGCACGGAGAGGAAGAAAGGAGUGGACAAGAGCCGGAGGGAGACAGGAAUGAUAUGGUCCAGACUCCAGCCCAGUGAGCUCCCCUUGCAUGGAAACCCUGCUUCUUUGGCAGCCUCCUCCACUCCUUAGAGCUUGUGGCCAGCAUGGCAGGAUGAGCCUCUGCCAGCGACGAUAAUGGCCAAAAAGCAAGAUCCCCGGGCGGCCAUCUACAACCUGGUCGUGGUUGGGCUGUCCGGCACGGAGAAGGAGAAAGGCCAGUGUGGUGUGGGCAAGUCCUGUCUGUGUAACCGCUUUGUACGACCAAGUGCAGAUGACUUCUACCUAGACCACACCUCCGUUCUCAGCACCAGUGACUUUGGAGGACGUGUGGUGAACAAUGAUCACUUCCUGUUCUGGGGUGAAGCUGGGAGGACAGUGGAGGAGGGGCCAGAAUGCCGUAUGAAUGUGGUGGAGCAGACGGAGUUCAUCGAUGAUCAGACGUUCCAGCCACAUCGCAGCACGGCGCUCCAGCCUUACAUCAAGAGGGCAGCUUCCACCAAGCUGGCCUCGGCUGAAAAGCUGAUGUACUUUUGCACAGAUCAGCUAGGGCUGGAGCAGGACUUUGAGCAGAAGCAGAUGCCCGAAGGCAAGCUUAUGGUGGAUGGCUACUUGCUCUGUGUGGAUGUUAGCAGGGGCAUGAACCGUAGCUUUGAGGACCAGAUGAAGUUUGUCACCAACCUCUAUAACCAGCUAGCCAAAACGAAGAAGCCUGUGGUAGUGGUUCUCACUAAAUGUGAUGAAGGUGUUGAGCGCUACAUUAAAGACUCACACACCUUUGCCCUAACCAAGAAAAACCUACAGGUGGUAGAAACAUCAGCACGCUCUAAUGUCAAUGUUGACCUAGCCUUCCUUACACUGGUUCAACUAAUAGACAAGAGUAGGGGAAAGCUCAAGAUUAUCCCUUACUUUGAGGCACUGAAACAGCAGAGUCAACAGAUUGCCUCAGCCAAAGACCGCUAUGAGUGGCUGGUCAACAGAAUUGUGAAGAAUCACAAUGAAACAUGGCCAACUGUCAGUCGCCGUAUGCUCACAGCCCCUGAGUACAAGGAAUAUGUUUUUCUUGAGGGGACAGCUAAAGCCAAGAAACUGUUCCAGCAGCAUGUGCACAGACUUAAGCAAGAGCAUAUAGAGAAACGCAGGAAGGCCUAUUUAGCCACUCUACCACAGGCCCUGUCUAUAUUGUUACCAGAGCUGGAUAAGAUAGACCACCUGAGCUGGUCUGGAGUUCAGAAAGUCCUGGAGACAAAGAGGGAUUUCUCUCAGUGGUUCGUAGUGCUAGAUGAUACCCCUUGGGAGACUACACUACACAUCGAUAACAUGGAGGAUGAUCGUAUCCCCCAGGACCUCCUGGAGACCCCAGCAGCUCAAACUAUCUAUGAGACCCACCUGGAGCAGCUAAGGAAUGAGCGCAAGCGAGCUGAGAUGAGAUGGGAGUUCAAGGAGAAGCUAAGUGUCUCCCCUUUCAUCACACCAGGGAAACCAUGGGAAGAGGCCCGCAGCUUUAUCAUGAAUGAAGAUUUCUACCAGUGGCUUGAUGAAAAUGAAUAUCUGGAUAUCUACAACAAACACCAGAAGGAAAUCAUAGACCGGGCCAAAGAGGACUUUCAGGAACUGCUUCUUGAAUACUCUGAGCUCUUUUAUGAGCUCGAAGUGGAUGCAAAGCCAAGUAAAGAGAAAAUGGGAGCCAUUCAGGAGGUGUUGGGCGAGGAGCAAAGAUUUAAAGCCCUGCAGAAACUACAGGCAGAAAGGGACGCUCUAGUGUUGAAGCACAUCCACUUUGUAUACCAUCCCACAAAGGACACCUGUCCCAACAGCCCCCACUGUGUGGACAGUAAAAUAGAGCAGAUACUUGCCUCCAGAUUCCCCACCCGCUACCCAUCAUCAGACAGUGCACGGCUGGAUGGAGGGAGGGCUGAGCGGAUAAACCUUGUCAUCCUCGGGAAAGAUGGGCUAGCCAGAGAGAUGGCAAAUGAGAUAAGAGCCAUGUGCACCAGUGAUGACCGGUACGUUUUAGAUGGCAGGAUGUAUGAGCUAACUCUUCGUCCUAUAGAGGGAAAUGUACGUCUGCCAGUCAAUUCCUUCCACACACCAACCUUCACACCCCACGGUUGUCUAUGUUUGUACAAUUCAAAGGAAUCACUCUCCUAUGUUGUUGAGAGUAUAGAGAAGCUUAGAGAAUCAACUAUUAGCAGAAGGGAAAGGGAAAACAGCUUAGCCCAACUCCCGCUGUCCCUCCUUCUGGUCACCAAGCGGGGGGUGGGAUCCAUCGGGGACAUUGGGGGGGAGACGGCUCAAACUCUUAUACAACAAGGUCAGCAGGUGGCCGGAAAGCUUCAGUGUGCCUACCUAGAUCCUGCCUCUCCAGGCAUGGGUUAUGGCCGAAAUGUCAAUGAGAGGCAGGUCAACCAGAUGUUGAAGGGCCUCUUGGAAACACGAAGGAACACGGGGAGCAGCUCCCCUCCGUUACCUGCUCCAUCCUCUGCCUUCAGAGACUCUCAGUCCCAGGCGACGCUCGACGCAGACCUGAGGAUAGUCAUGUGCCUGAUGUGUGGAGACACGUAUGACCUAGACCAGCUACUUGCACCCUUCCUUUUGCCACAGCAUUGUCGUCCUGCCUCAAACCUCAGCAGCGGCACCUCUGUGGUGCUGGAACUCAGUAUAGGUGGUCAGAGGCAAACUGUAGAGCUGUUACUGCUCUCGUUCCAUUCGUCAUUCUCCCUCCGCAAGACAGGGCUGGUCCAUGGCUACAUCACAGUGUACUCUGCUCGCCGCAAGGCCUCUAUGGAGACAUUAUGCGCUUUCCUCUGUGAGGUCCAAGACAUCAUCCCAGUCCAGUUGCUAGCGGUAGGGGAGAGCCAGAUGGAGCUGUCAGACUCAGAAUCAGCUAAGGAGCAAGUCAGUCAGGGAGAGGAGCUGGCCCAUGAAAUAGAGGCCAGAUUCAACACAGUAAUAUGUGGACAUGGUGGGGUUGUUGGGGGACUACAUAAGAUUGACCUUUUCCAACCCUUCUUUAAAGAGGUGGUAGAGAAGCGCACAAUUGUUGAGGCUUCACACACGUAUGACAAUGUGGCUGAGGCAUGCACGAAUGAGAGCAUCAGCCCUCGCUGUGGAUCUCCCAGUCCUGUUAACGUUCUUUUGGACUCAGAAGACGAUAUCGACCCAUCCCCACCUUACUCCAGCCUGAGAGAUGACAGCAGUCUCAGCUCCCACCUGGCAGGCUUCAAGCUGCCAGAUCUAGAUUCAAGUGAUACGUUCUCUGUCAUUUCUGACUUCAGCACAUUUGAGAGCAAACUGAACAACAAGGUCCCUCCACAGGUGAAGCCUAAGCCUGUCCGAAAGUCUAACCUCAGCUCCUAUGUGGACUCGCAGGGAGGCACCAACCGGCGCUCCUUGCCUCAAGCUGUCUCCUGGGCUCCCGGUAGCGAUGGUGGCUAUGAUCCCUCCGACUACGCGGAGCCAAUGGAUGCGGUGAGCAAACCUCGGCCCACAGAAGAGGAGAAUAUUUACUCUGUCCCUCAUGACAGCACACAGGGCAAGAUUAUCACCAUACGCAAUGCCAACAAAGGUCACUCCAAUGGGAGCACUGGUGGAAAUGGAUCAGACAGUGAGGCUGACAGCAGCUCGCUGGAGCGCAGGAGAAAGUUGUCUGCCAUUCGGGUAAAGCCGAAGCUUUACAGAGACCGAUCCAAACGGCUUGGGAAAUUCAGCAAUUUUAGGACGAGCUUCUCUAUUGGCAGUGACGACGAGAUGGGUCCACCCAAGACUAGCCAGGACGAGGGAGGAGCCCAAAAGGACAACUUGAUCGAGGAGAGCGAGGAUCCGAAAAGGAGGAAUAUUCUCAAGAGCCUGCGUAGAAAUGCGAAGAAACCGCGACCCAAGCCCCGUCACUCCAUCUCAAAACCCAUCGAAAGCAACUACUUCGGCAUGCCGCUGGUCAGCGUGGUCACUCCCGAGAGGCCGAUCCCAGUCUUCAUCGAGAAGUGCAUCCGCUUCAUUGAAACGACAGGGCUGAGCACCGAGGGCAUCUACAGGGUCAGCGGCAACAAGGCGGAGAUGGAAAGCAUGCAGCGGCAGUUCGACCAAGAUCACAGCCUGGACCUAGUGGAGAAAGACUUCACCAUGCACACAGUGGCAGGAGCCAUGAAGGCCUUCUUCUCCGAGCUGCCCGAGCCUCUGGUGCCCUACAGCAUGCAGGGGGACCUGGUGGAUGCCUUCAAGAUCAACGAUAGGGAGCAGCGCUUCCAGACGAUGAAGGAUGUUCUGCGCCGCUUCCCCAAGGAGAAUUACGAGGUCUUCAAAUAUGUCACAAGCCACUUGAACAAGGUGAGCCAGAACAGCAAGAGCAACCUGAUGACCAGCGAGAACCUGUCCAUCUGUUUCUGGCCCACGCUCAUGAGGCCGGACUUCACCACCAUGGACGCCCUGACCGCCACCCGCACCUACCAGACAAUCAUCGAGAGCUUCAUCCACCAGUGCGCGUACUUCUUCUACAAUCAGCCGCUGGCCGACGGCCUGCCUGGCUCCCCCACCUCCACGCUCUCCGGGGGAGGGACCUCGGCCUACUCCUGCAUGGCCGGGGGCUACUCCUCCUCACCGACUCCGUCCCCGGCUCCCUACGUCCUCCCCGCCACCCCUCCUGUCAUCCCCCACUACGGCCCUCCCAUCCACCAUCACCACCACCACCACCACCACCACCACCAGUCCCCGCCCCACUCCCCGCCUCCGACUCCCCAGUCCCCGAUGCCAGCCCUGCUGCCGCCCUCCCUGCACCCCCACCUGCCCCCAACGGAACAACACACGCUGUGAAUCAGGGAUCAAGGGAAAGAGAGAGAAACACAAAGGCAGGCGGAUAAGACGGAGUGAUUCGAGGGUUAGGGAACAAGAGGUUUUGAAGUUUUGGGAAGGAACUGAAGAAAAUAAAUUGAAACAGGAAGUUGGGAGAAAUUGAGUGAGAUGCAGUAUGUACAGGGAGAAACCUACGCGUUUGGGAGAAGGAGGAGGUCUCUUUGAGCCUCGGUCGCUUUUAGAAAAAAAAAAUGGACGCGCACACGAGUCAGGAAAGGGGAACACUGAGGAGCCUCUGGACUGGCAGUAUGAUCUUUCUCCCUCCCUGACACUUUAUCCCUUCGUCUCUCAGUCUCCCUUCAUCUAGAACUACCCUCCUUGCCUUAUAGCGAAUCUACACACAGAAACACACUAAUGAAGACUGAGAUGUUGCCAGUAAUUGUUCUAAGGGACUCAGGGAGGGAUUAAACUGCAAGGGGGGAUGUGAACUGCGUUACAUUGGGAUUGCUUCAGCAAACACGCACUCAGACACACACACACAAACACACUCUCUUGACACAACCACCCAGUGGUCCGGUGUGCCUCCGACAGCCAUUCUCCUCAAUCUCUUUGCUUCUCACUGUGCUGGGGAAUUCGAUGGCCGGCACCUGUUUUGUUUUUGUUUUGUUCCUUUUUUUUCGUUUUUUUUUUUUUUGUGUGUCUUCUGUGCAGACCAACACACACCUGCUGUAUCUACCUGGAGGCUGUAUCUGGGACAGAGUGGAGCAGAAAGUCCUGAAUGCAUGUUUGUUUAUUUCACCACUGUACAGAGAACUUGAGCAAGAAACACGUGUUACUACUCACCCGACAGGAUGUUCUGUCCGACUCACGAAUUCCUAUCUGUCAACACACACACACACACACACACAUACACAGAGACAAAAUCAGUUUUAGUCUAGGCACUAUGCCAAGCACAGGAAAAAAAAUAAAAAAAACUCGACCGACUGGAUCUGCUGGGCAGCAAAUUGGAGCAAAGGAUUAUGGGUGCUGUGACACCCUUGGCAUUCUGGGAAAGCUCCUCCCAGUCCUCACUUUGAACUUCAGCCUCAUGCUUUGUCCUUGUUAAAGAAGAUAACCGGAAAUACAGCUCCUUUAAAAUUCGUCUAAACCUUAAUUCUGCAUUUACAUUCCCACUUGUCACGAUGCUUUUUUAUGACGUUGUUCAUUUGAGAAAAUCUGGGCCUAUCAGUGAGCGUGUGACUUGCUAUCCGUCUGUCCGUCUGUCUGUCUGUCUGUGUGCACCUGUAUCCAUGCUUUUCAGUUGUACCUGACUUUCCCCACAUUAGACAGAUAGUGGGAAUAAUUCCAGUGUUGGACCUUCACCUGUCAUGUUGCUUCUUUCACGCCGCGGUGGUUUUACAAGUGAGCUGGUGCUGCCGUUUUCAUAGUAAGGACCUUGUUCAAAAAAGCACUUUCCUGAGCACUUUGAAGGCACAUUUUAAAUUGGAGCUGCCAAUGACAUGACAGCCACCGUUCACUUUAUUGUCAGUUCACCACCCUACUCACUCUCCACUCUCUCUGGGAGCACACCACUGACAUCUAGAGGAAGAAAUGGGUACUGCAGCCGUAACCUCACUACUGCAUGGGCGUAGCACCCUCAUCCCACUGUGUGUUUCUGUUCUCUCAUCGGUGCAAUUGUCAGGAUUAAUCUUCAUUGUACAUUAGCAGAACGUUAACUUAAGUGUAAUAUUAUAAAUGAAAUAACUGCAGCAGUUUUGAAUCUGGUACACAUCAAGUGAGAUUAUGCAAAUCCACGCUAAGUGGCCACAAAGCGUGUGGCCACAUUGCAGUUUAUUAGACGUGCAGUAAAUGGAAUUGCCUCGCUGUCUUUCGUUGUUAGUUUCCACUUCCCUGUGGACAGCAGCUCAGUACUCAGACCUUUGUAAAGGAGUUCAUUCCUAGACGUUAUGAUGUAGUGGAAGGAAAUAACGACUUAGAGGCACAAUGUAGCAUUACAAGGCAGAUGUAAGACACAGGUGGGAGGCUUUUUAUCCUUGGAAAUAAUUGGUAACCACUGCUCCAGGCCACGACACGCUGUCCUCUAAGGACGCAGUGCCCCCGUCUCACUGGGACGGAGACUCAGACCUGAUCUCGGUGGACUCGAAACGCAAUUUGCUAAAAAAGUGUAACCACUAUGCGAAACUGCGCCCACUGUCGCUGUUAUGUUAUGCCACCGCAUCCCCGAGUCAUUCCCUGUCCAAGAGAGACGGUCGGGUCUGGGAGAGACAGCAGACAGAACAGACAGUCCAUUCAUCCGUCUGCAUGACUGGAAUGGAGCAUCACAAAAUUCCUCGGCCCAGCUUGCUGUUACCGUAGAAACCAGCAAGAUGGGGCUCGAGGAGCGUUGCUGAGCCCCCGAUCGAAGCCGGUUUUGUGCUCAUUCACACACACACACGUGUCUGUGUGUUUUUGUGAGCUCGAGCGAGUGUGUGCACAUGUGAACUUAUGCGUGUUAAUGUUAAGCAGAUGCUCACCAAGGUCACUCGGUUUGACAUUGAAUCGCAGCUCUGCGUGUCUCUCUCUCUGCCCCCCCACCCCCCACCCCCCCAAAAAAUAGAAUUCAAACAAUCACUGAACUCUUAGAAGAGCUUUUAUCAGUCCGCACUACCUGUUUACCUUGUGUGUGGGUGCAUGUAUGUGUAUGUGUGUGAUGGAGGACUUAAGAGCGUGUGUUUGGGCGAGUUUGAGCUGACACGCUAGCAGGCUGUGCUUGGCAGACGGCCAGACACCAGCGUGAUCCAAACAAACGUGAAGGAGAGGAAUGCAGCUCUCCUUGCGGUCAUUACCCCACUGUGUAACCCUGUUAGCUCGUCCAGAUUACACACACUGAUCCUCAGAGAAAGUGUGAGAGAGAUGGGAGGGGGGGAGGGGGGGGGAGUGAGGGGUUGGGGGGACGGGGGAGGGAAGACGGACAGCAAACGGGUGAAUGGGAUCAUUAUUUGGGAGACGGAGGGAGGAAGGAGGGGUGACCACUGGUACUUGUGUGUGAACGCCGGCCAGUGGCGUUCCCUGUGUAUAUCAAUGUGUUAAUACUGAACUGACUGUGAGGCAGCCAAAGACUGUGGAAAAAAGGGUCCAGGGAGAGAUGGGAAGAAAAGUGUCAAUUUAGAAGAACAGUUGAAUAAAAAAAAAAAAAAAUGUGACUUUGGUUCAGCGAUAAUAUGUGGCUGCAUUGCUUUUCUUUUCUUUUUGUUUUUUUUUGUUGUUUUUUUUUUCCUUUUUGCAACAAUGGUGACAGAUGUCUGUUAAGUUAAAUUGAGAAACAAGCAAAACUAUAUUCAAAUGGUUGUUUAUUGGUAUGUUAGGGGGUCUAACACUUUGCCCUUUAGUCAGUGGUGAUAGAAAAAAAAAGUUUCUUUUUAUGUUUUAUUUUAAUAAUUAAAAAAAAUACAAAGCAUUUUUUUUUUAACAAUUUCUUUGUGAACGAUUGAGAGGCAAGCCCAGUAUAGUGCAUGAUUUCUUCCUGACCGAGGAAGAGGGCUCCACCACUCUCACUAUUUAAGAGAUGAUGAAAAAAUAUUAAGAAAUAAUAGGGGGUUGGGGGCCAGGGAUGAAAAUAAUGGGGGAGAAAAAAACAGAAAUAAAUAAAUGAAGUACUGUAAACUGAAAAGAUAACAUCAAACAAAAAAAACUGUCAUUAUUUGCUAAGUAUGGUAAUUUGUCUCAAUGGGAAUGGUGUAUACAGCAAGGCCUUAUGUGAUCUGUAUCAUAGUUAAUAAAUCAAAUCUUGUAAA